UUUCUCUAAUUUGAUUAAAGCAUCGUACCACGAGUUUUUUAGUUGCAAUGGAAGUGGUUAGAAAUAGUUUUAUGCCUGGCGAUCCUAGAUUGAUAGACCAAAUAGUUUACGAGCUGAAAUCGCAAGGUAUUUUCGAUCAGUUUCGUAAAGAGUGCAUUUCGGAUGUCGAUACAAAACCAGCUUACCAAAAUUUAAGGCAAAGAGUGGAGGGUAGCGUUUCCAGUUUUCUGAAGCAGCAGAAGUGGAGGCCUGACAUGAACAAGAAUCAAGUCAGAGAAAUGUUGCGAAAAAGCAUACACGAGUCUGGAUAUCUGGAAACUGGUGUGGAACGUAUAGUUGACCAGGUAGUUAACCCCAAAAUCAAUUCGGUGUUCCUACCGCAAGUGGAAGACGUGGUGUACAGAUUUUUGGGUAUCGAACGGCCCGACAAGGAUAACAAAAAAGGCCCGCUAAAAAUAAUCACGCAAAACGAUCUGCUUCCAACCGAUUUGGAAGCCGUAUCGCCCGAAUCCACGCAUAACGAUAAAAAGGACGAUUCGAAUCUGGAUGAUUCCAUAAAUUUGGACGAAAGUAAGGUGGAGGAGGACGAAAGUCCUCCGUUCGAGCCUUUAGACGAGCAAAGUUCUUACGUGCCGCAAGAAGAGAAUUCUGUGGAUUCUCACAUGUCGGGAUUCUCCGGUUUGGCCAGUCACGAUUCCAAUAACAGCGUGGAAAUGAAAAACACGGAAUGCUCGAAUCAAGACUCGCACAUUUCGCAUAACAGCUCGGAAAGUCGGUUGUCCAUAGUGACGUCGGAAGACAACACUAAGAUGGAGAUUUGCGAGGAAACCAACCAAUCGAAAUCCGCGACCAUAGCGGAAUCAAACCCCAGUGUGACUGAGGCAGAUUCCAACAAUGACAGAAAGUUGGAUGAGAAAUCCAGUAAGCAUCGUUCCGAUGAUAAAAAACGCAGUUCUGAGAAGUAUAGCUCCAGGGAUAAAGAUAAGGAAAGGAAGCAUAGCACCAGUAGUGGCAGUAAUAAGGAUAAACCGCGUCAUUCAAGCUCGAGUUCUUCAAGAGACAAAGAUAAGGACAAAAAAGACUAUAAGAGCAGUAGUUCCAAAAGUGCUAGCAAGGAUAAGGAUAAAGAUAAAAGCAGAAGUAGUUCAAGUGGUAACAGGCAUGGUAGUAGCAAGGAUAAAAGCACCUCAAAGUCGUCUUCCAGUUCAUCCAAUAAAGACAAAGACUCCAGCAGAGACAAAGAUAAGUCGAAGUCCUCCAGUAGCACUCACAGAUCGAAAUCGUCGAGUUCUUCCGAUAAAUACAAGAAACACAGUAGCAGCAGCAGCAGCAAGAAAGAUAAGGACAAGGAUCGCAAAAAGGAAACGAAAAAAGACGACCACUACAGCUCGCGCGAGAAAAAAUCUGACCGCCGGUCCACGGAUCGCGAUUCAAACGACGGUCAGUCGAGUAAGCAAGGGAACAACAGCUGCGGCGAGCAGCAGUCUUCGCAGAGUCAAAAAUCCAGCCAGGAGUCGUCGAAAUCCACCAACGGUAACGGUUCCGGGGAGUCUGGAAAUUCCGACGGUUUGGAAUCGAAAACCGUGAACUUGUCCGAGAUCGUUGUACCGCCGAAAGUGAAGCUUUACAAGCCGAAAUUCGCCUCGAACUUUCAAGAGGCGAGACGUCUGAUGAAAAUCAGGAAGAAGCUGGCCAAGUUGGAAAAGCAACAGCAACUCGGCUUGGCCAGUUUUGAAGCGAUUGAAAUUAAAACAAAACCUUCACCCGAGAAAGUGGAAUUGGAAGAAGAAGUCUUGAAGAGUUCCACCAUAAGCCAGGAGAGUUUUGAAGCUCUAGAAGCCAGAUUACUACAGGAAAUGUCCAAUAUUGAUUACAACACCUACGAAUCGCCCGAUGAUGACGACUAUGAGAGGUUUUCCCUUAAAGACACCAACAUAGUUGAAGACACUAUUGUCAGAGAAGUUAUUAUCAAAGAACCUGAAGUAAUACAAUCAGAAGAAACUCUUAAAAUAGAUGAACCGGAAUUACAAACUCCUGCAGAACCUGAAACUCCAAAAAUAAACGAUGUCCCAGAAGUCGAAGCUCCUACUGUACCAGAAACUCCAAAUAGAGAAGAAACUCUUACAGAUGAUCUACCCAUUGAAGAAUCCGAAAAAGCAACCCCCUUAAAAACCUUGACAGUACCUUUGAGCGACUGCCUACUUCUCAAAAACAAAAACAUCCAAUCGCAAGAUGAAUGCCUGUAUUUGGAGCCGCCAACGCAGUCGGAACUGAGCGCCAUAGACUUAUUGCACAAGCGAAUCCAACGAAUUGAGGACGAUAUUCUUAGAAGAAGUUCGAAGGUCGAUAAAACUGUCGAUGCGAUGAAUAGGAAGAGAAAAAUUCCGGCUAAAAAUCAACAGAAGAAAAUGAAUGAAAGUUUACAGAAGAGAAUGGCGUGCUCUAAAGUUAACAACAACAAAGUCAAAAGUACAGAAAUUCCUACAAACAAUAACUUCCCUUUACCAUUAAGCCCAUCGGACAGCGAAUCAAACGAAAAGAAAGAAGAGUUAUCUGAGGUGCCCUUAAAACGAAGAAGAAGAAGUGGACAAAAAAGCAAUCAGAGGUACUCUAGUGACGAUUUAUACAAACCCAGGCCAAUAUUCGCCAGUACCCGACGCAGGGGGGCUCAACCUAAAGGCGAAUGAUUCAGGGGGUUCUAUAGGUUCAACUAUAUUUGAACCUAUAGACCCAAACAAUCAAGGUUCCCUACUUAUUAUAUAGUAGUCGUUUUUUACUUGUAAUACUUCAAUCAAUAAUUAACUUAGAUUUUUUAAUGCUGUGACUGAAUACCAGCAAAUAAAUACUGUAUUUUUACAUAGACUUCAUAUUCGUACAUAGUAAUAUAUUUUUACUAACUUGUAA